ACUGAUAGGAUAACCUGAAGAAUUCGUAAACAAUGGCUCUAUCGCUGUCUCGAAAAUUAUUUAAUUACAGCGGAAAUGCGAGAAGAAUCGCAAUAAAUCUUCAACAAUCUCAGAGAAAUAAAACUACUACACCUAUUAAUCUAGGAAUCAUGUUCGUUCCGCAACAGGAAGCUUGGGUUGUUGAACGAAUGGGUAGAUUUUCUCGAAUUCUUAAUCCUGGACUUAAUUUCCUUAUUCCAAUUCUUGAUGAAGUAAAAUAUGUUCAAAGCUUGAAAGAAAUCGCAAUAGAUGUCCCCAAGCAGUCAGCAAUCACUUCUGACAAUGUUACUCUCUCUAUUGAUGGUGUCUUGUAUCUGAGAAUUCUUAAUGCUUACGAUGCAUCUUAUGGUGUCGAAGAUCCAGAAUUUGCUAUUACUCAGCUUGCCCAAACAACGAUGAGAUCAGAGCUUGGAAAAAUGAGUCUUGAUAAAAUUUUCCGCGAGCGGGAAGCGCUCAAUAUAAGCAUAGUUGAAUCUAUAAAUAAAGCAGCUGAAGCUUGGGGUAUUGUUUGUUUACGUUAUGAAAUCCGUGAUAUCAAACUUCCAUCAAGAAUUCAUGAGGCAAUGCAAAUGCAAGUGGAAGCAGAAAGAAGAAAACGAGCGGUUGUAUUGGAAUCAGAAGGUAUUCGAGAGGCCGACAUCAAUGUCGCUGAAGGUAAAAGACAAUCUAGAAUUUUAGCCUCAGAAGCUGAAAAGCAGGAGGAGAUCAAUAAAGCUGAAGGUAAAGCACAAGCUCUUGUCGCAAUGGCUCAAGCAAGAGCACAAGGACUGAAAGUCGUCUCAGAACAAUUAAAUAAAGCAGCAGGAAAUCAAGCAGCUAGUCUUUUGAUUGCUGAAAAUUACGUGCAAGCAUUUGGAAACAUAGCAAAGCAUGGAAAUACUCUUAUUUUGCCUGCAAAUGCUGCUGAUGUUUCAUCGGUGGUUGCACAAGCUAUGUCAACAUACAAAACAAUAAGUGCAGAUCAGAGUAGAUUAACAACAGACACCACAGAACUUGAAGCGGAAGAUAAACACAUUUCAGAAAAACAAGCAACAGACUUCACUCACAUAGAAGCAGAAACUCCUGAAAUUCAAACGAAACCAUCAGCAUAAGAAAAUUUCUUUAACUAUUCUUGUAAUAAAAAAUCAGUUAAAACACUAAUGAAUUUUUAAUUUAUUCAAAUGACAAU